AUGAGUAAUGCGGCAGAAAAAAUAAGUGAUCUCUUCAAUGUUUCAUUAAAUGAACUUGAAACUAACAUUAUUGCAAAUGCUGUCAAAUUCAAUUAAUAACCUUAGCGUUUGCUUGAUGUAUAAUUUCUAAAAAAAUUCUUAGGAAUUAUAAUAAUCAGUGAUGGAUUUUAAGUCUAAAUUCUAUGAAUCUCUUCAUAAUUUAUUACAAUUUAUUGCUUAAGUUAAUAAUGGGAAGGAUAUAUUAAAAAUCGCUCAAUAAGUUGAAACUCACAUUACAAAAUUCAAAUAAUAAUAACUUCUAAUAUAGAUGAAAGUAGUGUUAAAUAGCAAAUUAAAAGCAUUAUUGGAAACAUUUUGUGGUGAAAAUCAACAAAAAUUUGAGGUAUAACUAUUUUUAAUAAUUGCAGGUUUAAAAUUAAAUAAAGCAUCUAAAAGAAUCAUUGUUAAAGAUUGAAACAACACUUAUGGAAUAAUAAUAGCUAACAUUUACACCAUAACAACAUUUUAUUACACCAUAUCCCAAAAAAAAUUUUAUUACAGCUUCAUCUUAGGAUAUCUUGACUCCUAAUUUAAGUGAUGAAGCAGAGAUGAGAGGACGAGGUUUCUUUAUAACUCCUGAAAAUAGAUAAUAAUAACCAAGAUAAUUUGAUCAUUCACAAUAAUAAUAUUCAUCAAAUGAAAGUUAUUCUGUUUAAUAAAAUAAGACAUUAAAUUCUUUCGAUAAAGAAAAAUCAGAAGGGAAAACCGAUUUGUAAAGUCCAUUUUUUGGGUUAUAAUAAGACAAUCUCUAAUAACCAAAACUAUUUUAAAAUGAAACUAUGAAUGAUUAUUUGUAAAGAGUUCCUUUAGAAUAAGAACCAGAAGAAUCUCAAUUAAUAGAGGAAUCAUAUUAAAAUUAUCAUCUAGAAUAAUUAAAUAAAACAACUUAAUAAUAAUAAUUAUAGCAAUCAUAAUAAUUAUAAUAAUAAUUGCAAUAACAAUAAUAACAAUAACAACAAUAAUAAUAACAAUAAUAAUAACAACAAUAAUAAUAACAAUAAUAAUAAUAACAAUAAUAAUAAUAACAAUAAUAAUAAUAAUAACAAUAAUAAUAAUAAUAACAAUAAUAAUAAUAAUAACAAUAAUAAUAACAAUAAUAACAACAAUAAUAACAAUAAUAAUCUAAUAAAAAUCAAAAUAAAGUAGCAUAAACUUAAAAAUAAUAGAGUUAAUGGUAAAAUUUGCAACUUUAAUAAACAUUUUUACAUAUAGACUCAUUAUAAACGACAAGAACUGAAUAAUUCGAAACUCAAGCAAGAGAAUCAACUCCUAUAGAAAAUUAAGUCUAGACUAGAAAUUAAUCAGUUGAACCAAAUAUUAGAGAAAUUUCAUAAUCACCAACUGGGAAAAGACUGAUCUAAACUUCUAAAUCAAAGGAACCAUUUUCAAGAUGUAGAUCCUCAUUAGAAACAACUAAUCUACUACAUAAAUUAAAUUCUGUUGAAGCCCCUAAGUCUACUAAUAAGCUUAACAAAUCAAAAUCCAAUAAAGAAAAUUAAUCUUAGCCUACUGUUAAAUGUUCCAAACCUAGUAAACCUCAAAUUACUGUUUCUAAACAAAAAAAUUAAAUUGUUACUAAACCUCAGUCAUCAAUAAAUUUAGUUAAAAAACAAAAGUCAAAUUGA